AUGGAGGAGAUAGAAAGCAUCAAGGAUGCAUGCAUGGUGCAGAAAUCUAAGUGUGUGUAUUUUAAAGGGUAUCUUGAGCAUGUGAUGCUGGUGUCUAAAAGGUCGUCUGAGAUUCUUUUCCGAGUGGUUCAGAUACCCAGGGAUAUUGAAUGGAACGAUGCAUUGCUUGUACAGUGUGUUGAGAUGUGUGAGAAGCAAAGAGCUGUUUUUGAUGGGAUUUAUGCCUCAUGUGCCGAUGCUGUUAUGAAAGAAUUGGACGAGCUUGUGCUCACAAUUGAUUCAUGCACGAGGUCGAUUGACGAGGAGAUGCAGACGGCCUAUGAAAAGUCAGUUGAAAGUCUGAAGGGGCUCAGAGAGGCCAAGGACAAGCAUGUAGAGGCAUGGAUAUCUGGAAAGCAUGAUCCUUGGAUAACUGAGUCCGAGUUGAGAACGGCUAUCAAGAAAGUGCUCAUAAGCGAUGAAGAAGCAUGUGGUACUAUUCGCAUGAAGAUAGAAGGAUUCAAUGCACUUGUGCAAGAUGUGUCGAAUAGGCUCAGAUUGCUGGUGACUAGGCUUGUGCAAAAACAAAAGCAAAUGUACAUGGAUCUGGCAAGAACGGUAGACACAGACUUAGGCAUUCAUGCAGAUGCAGAGAAGUUUUUUGAUGCUGAGUCAGAUCUUAUUCGAGAUACCAGAGUAGACAGCAGCAGGAGUCUGAAGAUAAACGAUAAAAUAGAAAAUUCCUUUGAGACUCUUAUAGAAGGGAUAAGCAAGGAGCUUUCUACAAGAAACAUUGUUGUCCGGAAAAGCAUUGCUGUUGUAAAUGCAUCAUUCUGCAAGGUUAAAAGGGGAUACUCAGGAGACUGGAUGCCUGCAUACAUGGUUGUUACUUCUACAAGGCAUGUGCAUUUUUUGGAUGUUUGUGCAUUAGUAGACGAGCAUAUGCAUGAGAAAGAUAAAAAGAAGGUGUUAUUCUGCAUCAAUGGUCUUGAUAAUGCGAAUAUUAGUGAGUGUGAGCGGCUUGUUUUUGAGAUUAAUGAGGUGAUGAGCAAGGAGCUUAUACGGUGCAGGCUGAAUCCGGUGAUGUCGCUCAGAACAUGCGAGAAUGUGUGUGAGCUUGCAAGAGAGAAGAAGACAAUUAUGAUCAACAGGAAGCGGCAGAGUGGAUUUGCAAGCUUUUUUGGCAUUUGCGAGCUUAAGGCUCGUUUUUUUACGCUUUCAAGUGCACUUGAGAUGGAGCAUGCAUUGAAUAUGAGUAUUGAGAUUCUGAUGGAAGAUAAUGCAUGUACUGUUAGUGAUAUAGAAGUACACAGAGAGCAUUUGAAUUUGGAUGCCAGUAAAGAAGUUGAAUUCAGAGUGUUGUUGAGAGAGGAGAAUCCUUGGAUUCGAGAUAUUGAUUAG